AUGUCUUCAUACCUAGCCUCCCUCGCCUCAUCAACCACAAUCUCCMCCCUCGGCACCCGCCUCAGCAGUCUUCGCCGCGCAAUCGGCUCAGGUGACGAAAAGGACGACCCGGACAACGAAGACAGCUCACACAUCUCCAACGUCCUUCGUGCCUACUACACGGAAAAGGGUCGCCCAUUCCCCGAAUGGCUUCCUCCAGACCCAAAGGCGCCCGUUCCUCAAGCGCGGAUGGUGGCUACGCAGGCAUCGCUCCAACAGGGGAAUACGAGCGCAUACGGUCAACCGCAGGCACAAUAUACAGGUCGCGGGGGUGGCCUGGGCGAUUUAUGGGGUGAAUCGGGGCCUGCGCAACCGCCACAGUCACAAACAGCCAGUUUACGAAGUCGAGGAGGUUCAAGGACGCCAGUUGCCGCUAUAGGCAAUAACAAUACUACAUUACGACCGGAGCAUCAGCAGCAGCAGCAUCAUUCGCAAACACCGUCGCCGCAUUCGGUUUCGAGGAGACCGCUGCCUAGUCAGCGCGGUGAAUCGUAUCAGUCGUCGCAUUCGAGUUCGGGCAUGUCGGAUAGAGGGGCGUCGUCGGGCGGUUCGGCAUCGGAGAGGUUACGGGCUCGAUUGCAGGGUGGAUUGGGUAGCAGUAGUCAGAGUCCUCCACCUUCGAGGUCGCAGCCACAGCAAUAUCAAGCGUAUACUUCGGAUGGGGGCCAGGGUCAUGGAUCGAGUGGUGGGAGCGGGGGAUAUAAGCGUCCUGGGGGAUUGCCUAGUGGUCCUAGGCCCGGGGGUUAUAGGUAG